AAAGGACAGAGCUGACCUGCCGAGGGCCUGCUUCAGUCUUGGAGCGAGGACCUCACGCCUGAAUGGCUCAGAGCUGUUGAAACCAUUGGAGGGAAGGAAAUCCAUCCUGCCUGGUUCAGGGGGAAGGGGCUUCUUCCGGCCAUGUCUCCUGUAGCUGCUGCUGACUCAGAUGGGGACCGGCGAGACAGGCGUGUCAGCAAGCUCAUUUUCUUCCUUUUCGUCUUUGGUGCCAUCCUGCUAUGUGUGGGAGUCCUGCUCUCCAUCUUCGGGUUCCAGGCCUGCGAAUACAAAAUCUUCCCAGACUGCAGCCUGGUGCUGAAGGUCGCUGGGCCUGCCUGUGCCGCGGUCGGGCUCGGGGCUGUGAUCCUGGCCCGCUCGAGGGCACGACUUCAGCUCCGGGAGGGGCGCCUGCGGGGCCGGCAGGUGGACCCCGACCGGGCCUUCAUCUGUGGAGAGAGCCGCCAGUUUGCCCAGUGCCUCAUCUUUGGGUUUCUGUUCUUGACGAGUGGCAUGCUCGUCAGCAUACUGGGCAUCUGGGUCCCCGGGUGUGGCUCAGACUGGGCACAGGAACCGCUGAACGAGACAGACACGGCUGACAUGGAGCCCCAGAUCUGUGGAUUCCUGUCCCUGCAGAUCAUGGGGCCCUUGAUUGUACUCAUGGGACUGUGUUUCUUUGUGGUGGCCCACGUUAAGAGAAACAACUUGAAUGAGGGCCAGGAUGCCUCUGAAAGUGAAGACAGACAGACGCAGAGCAUGGAGCCUGUCCAGGUCACUGUAGGUGACGCCGUGAUAAUAUUCCCACCCCCGCCACCACCUUACUUUCCCGAGUCUUCAGCUUCUACAGUAACUCCGAAUCCUGGGGCUAAUGGUUUGCUUCCCAGCGAAAAUCCACCUUCGUAUUACAGUAUUUUUAACUAUGGAAGGACUUCAACUCCUGAGGGCCAAGGCACGGCCGCCGAGAGAGAUCGUGAAUCUAUAUACACCAUUUCUGGGACUGCUGUGUCCUCUGAGAUCUCAAUCACUCCACAUCUCUUCUCUGAACUGCCUCCCAGAUAUGAAGAAAAAGAAAUGGUGGUAACCACAACAUCAUCUCCAUCUUCUGAGCCUUCCCCACCAUGAACUGUGGACUCCGGUUCCAUUUUCUAUAAAUCGAUCACUAUUUUAUUUAAUUUGUUUUUUAAUAAAAAAAAAAUGCGACGGCA